AUGAUUUUUUUCAUCAGAUUUUGGGGGGAAAGGUCUAGUUGGGUUCGAUUCCCAUCUCCCUCUUGUUGCUUAGGCAACUUAAACCCUCAACAUAGUGAGGUGUGGGGCGAAAGGCCUAACUCCACGACUGUCGAUAUACUGCUGGUGAGGACCGAGGGGCGUCAAAGGGAUAUCCAUAUGCCGUUGGAUACCGCCCUAGAGUACAGAGUCUCUAUCGACGUCAACAAAAGCCAAGUCAAAGGAAAGAGCGAUGCCCGCAUUAAAAAAAGGGAUUCGUCGCAGGUUAAAGAACCACAUCCAGACCCAGCCACAAAUCCCGAACUUUUUGGCUGA